AUGUCACGCAUGAAUUUCGCCGAGCCGAGCCAGGCGAACACAGGUCGGCCUCGUAGCCGCACCUGGCUCAACUCAGACUCCGGUACACUAAAAGGCUCCAUCACGAUCCCCUCAAACAUCACCCGUCUCUCCCGCGCCAUAAAGCCUAUAAGUGCAGACGGCAUCCCCCAAAUAUCCUACUACCAUUACGGAGUCGGUGCAGGUGGAGGCGUGAUUGACAAAAUCACCUCUGGUGCUUCUGGCGCCGGACUCUCUGAAAUUGUCCGCGAAGGCUACCAGUUCAUCGCCACCAACUGGACCCAGGGCGAUGAGAUCUUCAUCUUCGGCUUCUCGAGAGGCGCUUAUACGGCAAGGGCUAUUGCUGGGUUGAUAGCGGAUGUCGGUUUGCUGACGAAGAAGGGAUUACCAUUCUUGGCGGAGGUGUUCAAGGAUAUGCAGCACAAGCACGACCGUGACUAUGUUGGCAAGCAUCCUGAUAUACCGUUCCCUGACAAGCCGAGUGCUGCUUCACCGGAGUAUCGGGACGAGUUGCGGAGGAGGAGGUUGACGACGUUAAAUGUCCCGAUCAAGGUCGUUGGUGUCUUUGACACCGUGGGAUCGCUGGGGACACCGAAGAUAGGGUGGUUGGAACGUGUUGGGUUGCAGUCGAAUGCUAUGAAGGAAUUGUCGUUCUAUGACACGAGCCUCGGUGACUGUAUCGAGUAUGCCUUCCAGGCACUCGCGCUCGAUGAGAGGAGAUAUGCUUUUCAGCCAACGCUUUGGGAGAAGCUGGACGGUAAUAGAACGGUUCUGCGGCAGGUAUGGUUCCCGGGCGCCCACGCUAAUAUCGGAGGAAGCUACGAGGAUCAGCAGGUCGCCACUAUCACUCUCGCAUGGAUGAUGGCGCAAUGUCUGCCAUUCUUGGAAUUCGACACUGAUUAUCUAAUGGAUCAGUGGGAGGAUGGAGAAGACUUGUAUGAGAAGAUGGGUGAGAAAGAGCGGCCUUGGUCGUUUGGAAAGAUCUUCAAUGGAUUGGCUGGGGUCUAUGCGUUAGGCGGCUCGAAGACCAGGUCUCCUGGACGAUACUGCGCAACAGAUCCUUCGAAUGGCAAGCAAACGAAUGAACCACUGAUCGAUACGCACGAGUACAUACAUCCUUCGGUCCGGGCGCGAACCAAGCUAGGCGGACCAGGUAUCGAUGAUCGUGGCCGGUAUGAAUGCAAGGCUUUGCGAGACUGGAAGUUGACAGUUGAGGCACGCGAAGACGGUGGCAAGUGGCCAGACGUUCUCUGGAGAUCGCGAUAUAAGCCAGAGGAAGGGUUUGCGAAGGUCUUGCCAGAAGCACCGCUGAAGCCACUUGAGACUGAGCUGCUACAGUAUGACACGGAAACACGGGAGUAUGUGCUCAGGCCAUCUGGAGUGCGUCAGCGCAGGAGUAUGAGGAGUAAAAGUCGGCGACGGCCAUCACCUGAUGACUGA